CAAUUUAAACACUUACUGUUGCAAUGAGCUUGCCUCAAUCAAUCUUCUUGGGACUUGAAAGGUUGAGUUUUGACAUUCAUUGUUUCAAAAAUUGCUUGGAGGUUUAGAUUUGACUGCUUUGAAUAUUUUAUUUUUAUUAGACUGCAUGGUGUGGGUGAGGGAAAGGGGAUGGGGUUGGAGAGUUGAAAGGUGAAUACCUUGGCGUAAUUAUGGAUCCAAGGUUACCUUGAAAAUAAUUUAUUUUAACUUAGCUUAAUUAACCCUUUAACUCCUUGAAGUGAUUAACAUGUAACUACUCCCAUUAACAUCCAUACAUCAUCCAGCAAACAGGUAAUGAGAAUACUGAGACUUAUCAGGUAGAAGUUAACUUGAUCUGAUAACAAAUUCUGGUAACUAAUUUACAAGGAAAUGUGUAGCAACUAGUAGGGACAAUUAAAAAUCAGAUUAUGGGAGUUAGUGUUGGAAUGCAUCAAAACUAGCAAAGGAAAUCUAUAAUUACAAAGUUAAAUGCCUUUUUUUCCAGAGGUUAGGUUUUAAGGGACUAAAUGUAAUGUUGGAAAUUACUAUUGAUUUUUCUUUUGUACAAUAGUUUGUUCUGUCAGCAAAGGGGGGGUGCAAAGGAAAUCUUAAAUUAAGCUUAAAAUUGUGUUGAACAUUCAAUGCUUUGGUCAGUGGCAAGGUUUCUGAGCCUUGUCUUAAAUGUCAAACUGACUUUUUUUAUAUUUCUGAUAGUGAAGUACCAAAUUCAACUUGGGUUGCAAAGGGCUUAAAGACUAAUGAAUCAAUUCUCAAAAAUCUCCCCAAAACUGCAUUGGGACCGGUUGAUAUGUAGUUCCAGUGUUGGCGAUUUAGGGCCCCUGGUCCAAGUACAUUGGAUAAUAUGGACCCUCUGGACUAAAUCCACCAGAUGAUAUGGACCCCCCUCGGGCAAAGUAGAUGUCUGUAUAACAGUUUUCUCUCCAUUAUGAAAUUUUCCUGUAAAGUCACGUAAACGUUCUUUCAACCCUCUUGAUUCUGGUCAGAGAAUCCUCAUUGUUGAAUGCACCACACAAUUUCAUACUUGGUUAAAGAUUUCCUUUGCACCCCUAGCUGGAUUGGCGGGUCCAAAUCCGCCGUGAGAACGCACAGGGGCAUCCCUUGGAUCCCUUACGAUGACCAAUUUACAUUAUUGAAUCAGUUGGGUUUAAUACGAACCAACAAAUUGUCCAACUCCCAGUUGGCUUGUUAGCUCAGUUGGUAGAGCACUGCACUGGUAUCACAGAGGCCAUUGGUUCAAAUCCGUACGGUCCCGAAUUUGUCUUUCAGGUCUUUGCUUUCAAACAUUCCAAAUUGCCUUGUUACCCCCUCAGAAAGUCAUGCCUCCCGAAACUAAACUGAAAUUUCGGGCAACUUGACUCAGGUUUCGGGGAACAAGACUUCGGGCGAGAUGACUCGGGCGACUCGACCGGUUACCCACGCAGCACCACAGAUUCUCUAGAAACUUGUACUCCCUUUACCCCCUGGAUCUGUCCGAGGGUUGGUUGAGCUAUGGCUGGUCUGGGCCUAAGUGUGCUGUUCCCUUGGUAACCUCUCUCGCUGUUGACAGUAGAAAUGGCGGAUUAUUUUGGCGUGAGAGACCAGAGGUGUGUUUGAACGUCCUUCAGAGCGUCUUAAGGAACAAAAUGACUGAUAUAUUGUGUCGGUGGCUUAACGAAGAUGUUAAACUGAGCAGAAUUAUAGACCCCAUAAACAUUGCCAAGGAGUUUGCUACAGGUUACUUGCUUGGGGAACUCUUAAAUAAACAUGGCUUACAGGAGGACUUCUCCUCCUUCUCUCAGAACACCACCUCUGAAUCAAAACUUCAUAAUUUCACACGGCUGGAACCAACCCUAAAGUUGUUAGAAGUUCCCUACGAUACGAAUGUGGCACAAGCUAUUAUGAGUGAGAAUCACAGUGCUAUCACAAGACUGAUGUACCAACUCUUUAUAGCACUUGGAAAGAAAUCUAAAAUGGGACUAACUGGAGUCGCUAUGGAAACCAUGAGACCUAGUGGUCCAGUGAAGCUGGAAAGUAUUGAAAGUGGACUUUACAAAGAGCGACUGAAGCAGUUAACCAAACGACAAGUGGAUUUGAAUUUUGAGCAGUUAGUUCAGAGAUACCAAGCCAAACAGAAAGAGCAAGAAGACUUGGCAUUGAAGGCAAAGUUUGAGGAAGAGGAAAGAAUGAGGAAAUACUUACAAGGACAAAGACAACAAGGCCUAGAUAAGUCAAGACAAGCCAAACAAAAACAGUUGGAGAUGAUGGGUAAAAUAAGGGAUGCAACAGUGAGGAUUCCCAAACCUCCUGAUUCCAAGAAAACAGCAAAAUCACGUACUGAAAUCAGACGUCAAAGAGAAGCAGAGGAGGUAAAGGAGAGCAUUGAUGCAUUUGAAGCAAGCAUGAGGGCUGUGAUUCCGCCAGCUAGCCCAAUAGGAUUUGAGGGAGAAUCUAACCGAGAGGUAGACACUGAAAUUGACACAUUCCUCAGCACCCAAUCUCCAAAGAAGCCUGUGGAUCCAUUGUCAUACAUAAAACCUAGAUCAAAUGCUGAUUACAUCAACAAAAUCAGGACAAGACUAGAGGAAAACUCAGUUGCUAGAAAGGAAAGAGAAAAGAGAAGAAGGAGAGUCUUGAUUGAACAGAUGAAGGCACAUGAAGCUCAGGAAGAAGCGCAUCGUGAAGAGAUGCUUGUGAACAGACUCAUGAGACAAUCACAGCAGGAGAGAAGGAUUGCUGUCCAACUUAUGCAGAUUCGUCAGGAGAAAGAAGUCAUUCGACAGAAUAGGAUAUUUAGAGAGAAACAGUAUGCAGAGAGAAGACUGAAAGACUUUGACGAUGCAUUAACAAGAGAAGCGGAAUUGUGUCGUCAAGCUAGAAUAGAAUAUGCAGAAGAGACAAGGAAAGCCCAGGAAUUGAAUGAUAAAUUAAAAGCAGAAAUUGCAGAGGCAAAGUACCAAAAGCACUAUAACAUCUGCAGGGAGGUUUUGUCACAGAUUGUGGACUUUUCCUGUAAAGUAGGAGAAUAUAGAGAACUCACUGAAAAACUCAUUCCACCCAAGAUGUUCAGGGAAUGGAAAGCACUGUUUCUAGAGGGACUUCCCAUUUACGAGGAUCAGCCACCAGAAGAGUCUAGUGCUGAACUUUCCAAACAGAAAGAAAUUGAGAAAGAAAAGGAAGAUUUGAUGGAUGAAGGAGACUUUUUAGAGUACAAAAAUUUGAUUGGUGAAUGGACUCCCAUUGAAGGAUCAGAAAUCCAGGGACCUGCAAAGGAUAAUGCAGUCCUAGGUCACAUCAUUCACAGGCUCUUCAACAUUGUUUCACCACCAGAGGCACCUCCACCUCCACCUGAGUUUCCACCUUUUCCAAUCAAGGUCUGUUUUCUUGGAAAGUUUUUUAGUGGGAAAACCACAACAAUCAAUAAAAUUAUUGAAGGUCAUCGAAUGGUUCGACUCUCAGUGGAUGAUCUUGUUGUAGAUGCCAUUGAUGCUUUUAAAAGCAAUGAAUGUAUUGAGGAACCUCCAGAGGAGACAGCAAUACUGGUUGAAGGGACCUCUUCUAAGAGAGUGAGCAUCAAUGAAGAGAUUGGUAAGGGUAAAGAUCAAGCAUCUGAGGAGUCUAGGGCUGUGACACCACAGUCAGGUGCACCAGAAGAAAUAAUGGGAGAACGGAGAGAAAGUGAAGAUCCUAACAAAAUGGAAGAAAAACAAGUCAGUGAAGCUGUAGAUGUGGAAGAAAAAAGAGAUAAGACUAAAGAAGAACUCGAGAAAGAAAUGACGGACAUAAAAGAUGAUGACCAGAAAUCACCAUCUAAGUCUAAAGAGCUAGAGCCUGUUUUAUCAAGAACUAAUGGGCCUACUCUCACUGUCCGUGCUAAACUGGGUUCAAAGGCUUAUAGCUUUCUUAAAAAGGGAAAAACCACACCGGACCAAUUAUUAGUUGAUAUCAUGGUAGAAGCUGUCAGGCAAGUCCCAGAGGGUACCGGUUGGAUCAUGGAUGGAUUUCCUAGUACCAUUAAUCAAGCCAAGUUGCUGGAAAAAUCACUCAGUGGAUAUGAUGCACAGAAGGAAGCUAAGGAUGCUAAAGCUGCCAAAGAGCCUAGUAAAGUCAGCAAGACCAAGAAAUCCAGACUGGCACCAGACCCUCAUCCUCCACAUGAGACUCCUGCACCCAAGAGUGGUAUUGACUUGGUGUUGUUGUUUGACCUGCCUGAUGAAGUGUCACUAAAGAGAGCUGAAGGAAGAAUGUAUGAUCCCACAUCUUCCCAGCAAUACCAUCAAGAGUAUAAUCCACCAGUAGAAGGCAGUUACACAGGAAUUAAUAAACAUGAAAAAGUUAUCCCCGUGACUGAUCCAUCAAAUGACCGUGAGCAGGUCCAGCAGAGGAUUGUAGGCUUUGGUGAUGGCUGGCCAAAGCUGGAAAAAUGGUUUACUAAGUUUGGUGUUCUUCAACGUAUUGAUGCAAACACCAGUCAAGAUGAACUGUAUGAUGAAGUAUCAGCCCUUCUGAAUGAAACUUAUCAGAAAUUAAUUGCACCACCUGAGGAGCUUCCUUCUGAACCCUCUGUUCACCCAGGACAAGCAGCUGAAGCUGAGACUCCAUCAGGUACUCAGUUAACUACUGGUGAUGGGCCUUCAGGUGAGGGCUUGGGAAGUGAGGGUGUUACAGCUCCUCCAGAAAGUGCUGCUCCACCAUCUGAGGCUCCUUCUGAGGUAGGCAAGUCAGAGAAGGGUACCUCAAAGAGUAAAGCAGACUCUAAACCAGGCUCUCCAAAGUCCAGGAAAAGCAAGAAGGAGCGUUCACCCUCCCCACCAGCAUCGAAGAAAGGAACCAAAAGUCGCACCCCAUCCCCCUCCAGUUCUAAAAAAGGCUCAAGAUCAGGUUCCAAAUCACCAUCAGCGUCAAGAAAAGGUUCGAGGCCUACUUCCAAGGGAUCAAGACCGGGAUCAAAGAGGGCUAAAUCUGCCAAAAAAAGCGCUGAAGAGCCAGAGGAGGAGAUUGCACCUGAACCCCAAGGACCACCUGAACCAGAGCCUGGGUCCGAGGACUGGGAAUAUGUUGACCAAGCCAUUGAUGCGGAUUUUGCUGGAGUUCUUGUAUCUCAGUGGGAAAAUACUGAAGAUGUCUAUGUUGACUCUUGUAAAAACGUCUUUGGAUUGAUCAGACGGGAAAGAGAACUUAUCCACAGAUAUUUCUACGGAGUAAGAAAAGAUUUUGUAGCGUUUUUGAAGAGGCCAGACGAGAAACAGGAAUAUGUCCUUCAAUGGCAAAAGUCGUACAAUGAAGUGAGUGAAGAUAUGAGAGGAGACGAGGAUACCAAGGCGGAGCUUCACCAGCAGCUAGACGACCUGUGUGAUCGUUUGCACGAUAUCUGUGACAAUCGAAAAGACUUGGCAGAGAAGGAGCGACAAUCAGUGAUGAGUGAAGGCUGGCUGGAAGAUCGGCUUGGUCUCCUUACAAACUUCUACAUCACACUAAUGCAAGCAGAAGUCGACAGAUACCAAGAUACAGUGCGGCUGCUGAGGGACUAUUAUGUUGGUAUGGAAGGCAAAACACCAUCAGAAGUUAUCACAGAAUACGCACGCUUACCACUUGUGGAACUACCAUUGGCUGUAAGACCACAAUCUGCGUCAUCCAAGUCUGGAGGAAGUGAGAGUGUAACCAACUUAACAGCUGCUGAAAAGACUGAGGUGAAAAGUCCAUCUGGUAAAAAAGACAGAGAUAAGAGUUCAAAGACUCCUGAACCUUCAGAAGCACCUGAGGAGGAACAAAAGCCUCGUAUACCUUUAGUUCCUCGCCGUCCGAAGUCUGGAGAACCAGGCACUGGAAAAGGAAAAGACAAGAAAAGUGACAAGAAGAAGGACAAAACAGCUGACCCUGAUAAACCAGAUACCCCUGUGCCUCCUUCAGACCCGGAUGAGAAACUCGUCUUUGAUGCUUUUGUAAUGGCUCUGACAAUCAUCGAGACAAUGGCCUUGAUAGAUCAGACAGAGCAAGAGGCUGAGGCUAUAAGACAGGCCGAGCUAGAAAAAGAAAAAGAGAAAGAAGCCAUGCAGAAAAAAGCAAAAGACAAGAAAGACAAGAAAGGAAGGAAGAGUCCUGGAAAGGGUGGAUCACCAUCUAAGGCAGAGACACCUCCUCCGCCUCCACCAGAAAACCAAGAAGGAGUGUCUGAAGAAGAGAAGCUCAAACAGAAAACAAAGGAGAGAGCAAGAAAAGAAUUUCUUGGUGCUGUUGGCUCAGAAGACAAUGGAUUAAAAACUCGCUUUGAAAUGAUCAAGAACCAUGCCAUGGCGGUUCUACAGGAACUUAAGGGAAAGGCGGAUUCUACUUACAAAGACAUGGAUGACUGGCUGGGGGAUAGGUUCCUGCAAGAAACUGAAAGCAUCAAAGAAAUGGCAGAGAGCAUACGUUUUGCAGUGGAGAAAGAGGAAAAGUUACAAGAAGAAAGUCUUCUGAUGGACAAAGAUUUUGUUCUCGAUCUGGACACCAAGACAUUUAAGACACCCACACCACCGCCGCCUCCAAGCCCUACUGAGGUGCCUCAGUGUGACACGUUUACUGUGACUCAACUCUUGCACUUACAUCGACAGAUGUUGGAGACAGCCCCAAGUGGUAUCAUUUCCAAUCGAGCAUUUUGUGACACCUUCAUGGAUAUGACAGCUUUAACACACGGAAUGGAACUGCUUCCAGACUCGUGGAUGAACAUAACACAGCCACAGCUACAGGAUGUGUGCACAUUACUUGCUCUGGACACUGAAUUCAUUGAUUGGCGGAGGUUUCUUUUGGCGGCCGCGCAGCCCUGGCCCCCAGCAUCAAAGAUGGAUUUGUUGUUAACGCUGAAGCGCUGUCGUGAGGUAGACACUACACUGUCAGGAACGUUAACUCAGUCACAGUUUGAACAGGUAGGAUUGUGGUUCUCCGGACAACAAGAGCUUGAAAACCCUCAAGACCCGGAUCUGCCUCCUACGUUUGACAGACUAGGCAAGCUAAAGAAUGCGUUUUAUCAGAUAUUUGCAGAUUAUAACGAUGGCGUCCCAUCGGUGGAUUACCUUGAUAUGCUGUUGUACUUUGCUGCCCACCCAGACCCCUUGGAGGGUUUUCUUCGCGGACUGAGUCUUGCUGCGAACCAACCAAUGCCGUCCAGCAAGUCUUUAGUUCAUCUCCCUCAACCAAUGACGGAAGAAUAUGGUGGUGACGUUAGUGUCCCACAAAUUCAGGAACCCGCAUCACCACCUCCUGAAAUGAACUCACUUGUGACACUGGACACGCUGAUGAAGGUUUUUCAUCAUGGAGAAGGGCAACGGGAAGACACUUACCGCCUCAAUGUUACUGCUGACCCAGAUGACACAUUUGCAAAGGAACGCUUGGCGGGUGUAUUUGUGGAGCUUGGUGCCGAGGAAACAGAAGCCGUACCAUUCCACCUCUUAUACCAGCAUCCCAUUGUACAGGACUGCAUGCAUAUGUGUCAGCGGUUUAAAACAUUGGAUCUUCGAAACUCUUUCAAGAGUUCUUCAGUUGAUUCAUUUGAGUAGUUGUUGGCAGCUGUAUGACUUUCCAGGUCUUUGUGCUCGUUCGCAUUCGACACAUUUGACAUGCAUAUUUGUAUACCUUUGUGAUUUUAAGAUGUACGGGAAGCUUGCACACGUUAACUUAACUUAUGACGAUGUAUUUCUUGGACGUGCA